GAGCCGCGGGGAAGGGCGACGCAGAUCCCGCGCCGCUGGCGGGCAGGUGGGAAGCGACCGACCGCCCCGCUCAGCCCCUCCGGCCGCCGUCGCCACCUGCACUGCGACUUAGGUGGAGGAGCGAGCGCGCCGAGCUGAGAGGAUGCAGCGCCCGCUGAGGUCUGGGGGCUCCGGGGGGCUGCGGCUGCUCGUCGGCCUCCUCCUGCUGAACAGCAGCCCCGGGGGCUGCGGCGACGUUAACACCCACGAUGGUCAGGGCCAAGUUGGAGCAGGGCAGCUCUGGUCCCUCCAAGGAUUCACCACUCCAGUCUUCUGGCACCUACAAGUUGUACUCCAGCAGAUUGUACCCCAGGGUCUGUUCUGGAAGGAUGACAUCACCCAGGAUGUGAUGACCCAGAAGAUGGAACACAUCAGCAGACUCCACCCCCAAGAUCCAUGCAUGAAGGAUGGGAAGGCAGUCUUCCCCACCAAAACCAGUGGAGUGAGGGGCAAGAAAGAGGAUAAACUUCGACUCCUAUUCCCCAAGAGCCCAGUAGCCAAGAUGAACAAAGAACAAUGCUUUACCUCCAAGGUAUCUUCAAAGGCCCUGAAAAGAGAGGUGGCCAGCCCUGUCAAGGGUUUCUUCGAGCCACUUCCCACUGUGGGCCACAACCUUGUCGCUGACUGAGACCUCACGUGAAGCCUCUGCCCCAUGCUCUCCCAAGAGGCGGUCCUCCAGCGACCCACCUCCAGAUCAUUAAAGUGAAUAUUCAUGCAAAA